AUGAGCAGCAACACAGUAUACCGCGCCGCGAGGCCGUUGCUCGACCUGGGCCGAUCAGCUGCCAUGCGUCCCCAGACCUUGUUCCGCGCUUCGUUCCCGACCACGGCGAGGAGGAUACCUGCGACGACGAGGGGCUACGCCGGCGCCAAACCCCCCUCCGCCGACAUGCGAAUGAUGAGCAAGGCCAUGUCCGCCCAGGACAAAAAGGCUUCUGCUCAGUUCUCCGCCAGGAACAUGGAGAAGCAGCAGCAACAGCAGAACAUGGCGAACAUGCUGCUCCCUGGCACCUUCGUCCCCCUCCCCCUCGCCAGCACCCCGAAGCCCUACUACCCAUACCUCGUCGCCCGCUUCAAGCAACUUGCCAAGGACCUCAUGGUCUUCGCCGGCCUGAAGCUCCAAUCGAUGCCCAAGUUCUGGAAACGGCCCCGCGCGCAGUUCCAGGCCUCCUCCAUCGUGCCGACCGCCAAGGCCCUGCACCAGCAGCUCGCCGAGGCCAUCGCCGCCGGCGACAAGACCACCCUCCGCCAGAUCUGCGUGCCGCACCUCUACGAGACGCUCUCGGCCACCAUCUCGCGCCGCAAGACCACGCACAAGCUCACCUGGGAGCUGCUCGCGUACGACGGGCGCCCGAAGCUGCUCAGCCACCGCCUCGCGAUGCUGCCGCCCGUGGGCAAGUCGCCGCUGCUGCAGCAGGCCGUCGUCGGCAUCGUCAGCAGCCAGAGGGUCGGCCGCGUCGACAAGCAGACGGGCAAGCCCGUGCCGAGCAGCACGCGCGUGGAGAAGCUGAACGAGUACCUCGUGCUGUCGCGCAGCCUGGACCCCCAGACGUACAAGCCCGGCAAGUGGAUUGUGUGGGGCAACACGAAGGUCACGACGAUGGAGCGCUGGAAGGCUGAGGAGACGCAGGUCGCGGCGAUGGAGGCGGCGGAGUUUGAGAGGAGGCGCGGCUUCAAGGCGUAA